CCCGGAAGUUCUGUGGUUGUUAGCGGGCGUGAUGGCUUCAAGGUUACUUCGCGGAGCUGGAGCGCUGGUUGCGCAGGCCCUGAGGGCCCGAGGUCCCAAUGGGGUCGCCGUGGUGCGCUCCAUGGCGUCUGCAGGUGGUGUUCCAACUGAUGAGGAACAAGCGACUGGACUGGAGAGGGAGAUCAUGAUUGCUGCGCGGAAAGGACAGGAUCCAUACAACCUGUUAGCCCCAAAAGCAGCUUCAGGCACUAAGGAAGAUCCUAAUUUGGUCCCUUCUAUCUCCAACAAACGAAUUGUGGGCUGCAUCUGUGAAGAGGACAACAGUACUGUCAUCUGGUUUUGGCUGCACAAAGGCGAAGCCCAACGAUGCCCUAGCUGUGGGACCCAUUACAAACUGGUGCCCCACCAGCUGGCCCACUGAGCCUCUGUACUAACGUACUCAAAAUGUGCUGUAAAGUUUCUUCUUUCCAAUAAAGGUUAGCCAUUGCAUUGGCUCCAUCUCCCAUA